GUGAAACCAAAGAUAUUCAUCAACUAUGACUGGAGGAGAUUUGGCAUAUAGACUCUCAGAAAAGCUUGAAUAUCUGGCUUCAUGAUUCUAUCUUCGUCAUUAUAAUAUCAUUGAGAACUUAUGUGAGAUAUCAAAUUAUUUCUGUAGUAACAUUUACCUGGUGAAGACCAAGAUAUAAAAGACCGACAAUGGCCACUCUAGAAUGGUAUUCAAUCAUUCAAUCACUACGAAGAAGAGAAGAAAAGGAUAAAAACAACUAUACCUACAAUCAAUCCAAUGAUCAAAGCCACCAUAUCCAAUCCCGAAUGGUGGGAGCAAAGACAAUGUUGCGACGGGACGAAAUUCUACUACAACAUCGCAACAUGUCAAAGAACCAAAUUAAAUCCAACUCGCGGUCCACUUCCACCAGGCUGGCUCGAAUUUAAAGAUCAAGGAGAAAUUCUAGCCCGCCAAGUCCGCACUGGAAUUGUUGCAAAAACAGAUCCACGAUGUUACCGACCAGACCAAGAAAGACGAGCGGCUGCAACAAUUCUCGAAUGGACUACGCACCUAGCAAGUCCUUUAUAUAGCCAACCUACUGCUCAUAGCGUCUUGAGAAUCAUCUGGAGGGAUGUGGAAAUGCAUCUUCCUGGAUUCCGAUUAGAUUUGGAACAAUAUGAAAAGCUUAGAAUGAAAGAUACCUUCAAUGCGGAGCUUAUUCAGAGUUUGGAUGAUAAUCUCCAAGCUAUUGAAACAUGGCGUGCUAUGGCCGAAAUACAAGUGGAAAAUUUGGAAAAGAAUGCUGCUGCUUCGGGCAGGAAUAUCAAAGUGGAAGGAUUGAGAAGAAGAUUUGACGCUUUUGGAAAAGCUAUUGAUGCAGCAGCACAAGAGAUGAUUGAGGGAUGGUUAACAACAGAGCACAACAUGGAUUUGGUAAAAUUAUUAGAAGGGUUCUUUAGAUCAUUGAGAAGGCCAACGUGGGAUGGUUGAAUUAUGUAGAUGCGAUACUCCCUUCACGAUGGAUUUGAUUAGUCUAGAAAAUCUUACUCA